CCCACCAAACCAAAGUCCUCAAUCCUCUAGAGCUCUCUCUCGCUUUCGCAAUGGGGAACUGUGUGACGAGCGUCCAGGAGCAGGGGCUGGCCGGAUGCCGGCCGGCGGCGAUCGUGAUCAACCACCAGGGCGGGCUGCUGGAGUUCAGGCCGCCGACCACGGCCGGCCAAGUCGUCGCUCGGAACCCGGACUGCUUCCUGUGCUGCGCGGAGUCCAUGAGGGUGGACUCGCGGGCGGUGCGCUUGGGACCCCGCGAGCCGCUGGAGUCGGGUCAGAUGUACUUCCUUCUCCCGCUCUCUCGCCUCACUUACCGGUUCACGCUGGCCGACAUGUGCGAGCUCGCCGUCAGGGCCAGCUCCGCGCUUGGUAGUGGUUGCGAGUGGGGUGCUCCGGUGACGUGGUCGGCGGGAGACGUGGGGGUGCCGGUGGGCAAGGUUGGCGCCGGCGCCGCUUUCAAGCCGAUCUUGGGAACGAUAGACGAGGCUUUCUGACGGCCUGCCGGAGAGAGUGGCCUCUGAUUUUUUCUCUUCUCCUGUCAUACAUACAUCUGUGUAAAAAAAUGAAGUACUGUAUAUACCUGUUUGAACAGUGAGCCCAAA